AUGGCUGCCGUCACUGCACUGUCAGUUCGAGCAGUUUCCGCGCCCACACAGGGAGCUUUGAAAUCCAGCUUUCUCUCGGGAGAGGGUUCGUCGCCGUGCCAGCUAGCCACCGGCGGUUUCGCCAAGCGGUCGCUGCUCGCGGCGGCUUCCGCCUCCCCUUCCGCGCGCCUGCACCGCCGCGUGGUCGCCGCCUCCGCCGCCACGCAAUCAGCCGCCGCUGCUGUCGCAGCCCCGGCUGUCCAGAAGCAGCGAAUCCGCAUCAAGCUCAAGUCGUACCAGGUGCCUCAACUGGAGGCAGCUUCCCAGCAGAUUCUUGAAGUGGCAAAGGAGACCGGAGCAGGCAUCAUGGGCCCGGUGCGUCUGCCAACGCACAUCCGCAAGUACUGUGUUCUGCGCAGCCCUCACGUGGACAAGGACUCGCGGGAGCACUUUGAGAUUCGCACCCACAAGCGGUUGAUUGAUCUGGAGAACCCGACCGCAACCACCAUUGAUGCUCUGAUGCAGCUGGAGCUGCCGUACGGUGUGGAGGUUGAUGUGAAGCUGUCGUAA